AAGACAGGUUGAGUCAUUGAUAUGGAACUGGAACAAGCAUGUAGAAUGGCUCCUUUUUCAUUGUUAGAAAUAACGGAAGAUGUCCUGACUCCUGUGCCCUAGUGAAAGGGUAGGUUAACUCUGGUCCUGUUCUUCAGUUAAAAGGGCUCGUUUGUGAGGUUUGAGAACAUCCUGCAGCCAUGGGGGAAAACCUGCCCGAGUUUGUCACCCCGAUAAGUCUGAGGGACGGCUUGAACCUACAGGCCGGCGCCUCCAUCACUCCUUUCACCAUCAUGCCCAACACCAGUCUGUCUCCAGCAGCCGCCAAAUGUGACGUCUACAUCCGCAAUGUCACGGGGCGAGGCAUGCCAUCCAUCCUGGUACAGGAGCAGCUCUACUAUGGAGGCAUUCCCUUUAACUUGGGGCUCAACAUGGCAGCCUGGGUGCUGCUAUUGUUGCUGUCUGCUGUGCUGCGGAAGAUCGCCUGGGACUACGGCCGCCUGGCACUUAUGUCAAGAGCAGAUGAAAGGACACGUGUACUGUCAAGCAACGGCAAAGGGGCGGUACAAUAUGAUGUGUGGACCAGUAUAUUUUAUGGGGAUCAUGAACCUCCACCAGAGGGAAAAAACCUUGAUGAAGAGACAUCUGUGGGGAGGGAAAGCAGGGAAAGUUUGAGCAGCCAUCCAGUAGCUCCUGGUAUCCAUGACAGGGGUUUCUGUUCCUGGGUUCCAGCUAUAUUUAAAAUAAAAGAUGACAUGAUAGCGUACAAAUGCGGACUGGAUGCGGUGCAGUACAUGACCUUCCAGCGCUACGUCCUGGUCCUUGUCACAAUAAUCACCGUCUUCUCCAUCGCUGUGCUCCUUCCAGUCAACUUCUCAGGCACACAAGAGGGCGGUCCAGAUCAGUUUGGCAGGACGACAGUUUCUAACCUACAGUCUAACAACCCAUUGCUGUGGCUGCACACGGUGUUCUCCAUCCUGUACCUGAUCGCCAUUGUGCUGUUCAUGAGACACUUCACCACCAACCUACAGUACCGGGAGGAAGAACAUGUGACGAGGACGCUGUUCAUCCGUAACAUGCCCAUUGGGCUGACUGACAGGGAGCUCAUCAAGAAACAUUUCAUGGAGGCGUACCCAGAUGCUGUCGUCACUGAUGUGCAGUUCACCUACAACAUCACAAAACUCAUGAAGCUUGACAAGAAACGCCUGGCAGCUCAGCAAGCAAAGAUUCAGACCCAGAGGAUUAAUGAGCGGACAGGGAAGCCUCUGACCAUCAAACCCAUGCUGUGUGGCAAGUUCUGCCCCACCAGGUGUGGGGUGGUCGAGGUGGAUGCCCUGGAGUAUUAUACGCAGGAGGAGGAGAGGCUGACUGCAGAGUGUGAGCAGGAGAAGAAGAGGUCCUUCCAGGAGGACCUGGGCAUGGCCUUUGUCACCUUCAACAGUGACAAGGUGGCUGCCAGGAUUGUUGGUGACUACCGUACAUUCCUGAAGGGCCCGCCCGCAGCCUCCAGCGUCAGCACACAGGUCCAGUCCAUGCACUGGACAGUCGACUUCGCUCCUGCACCUGAUGACGUCAACUGGGAGAACCUCUCGAUCUCGGGCGUGUCGUGGUGGUUCCGCGUCAUCAUCAUCAACAUCAUCCUGCUGGUCUUUCUCUUCUUCCUGACCACGCCCGCCAUCAUCCUCAACACGCUGGACCAGUGGAACUACAAGAAACUGUUCGAUGGUCUGCAUAGCCCACUGAUAUCACAGACUCUGCCAACGUUACUCCUCUGGACACUCACUGCUGUGCUGCCUGUUCUGGUCUACCGAACUUCUCUCUUGGAAGGACACUGGACAAAGUCGGGUUUUAACCACAGUGUGAUGAGGAAAACGUUUGUCUUCUUGCUGUUCAUGACUCUCAUCUUGCCUUCGCUGGGACUCACAAGUUUGAAGGCGUUUGUGGAAUUUGCACUUACCCCAGAAGGACAGCAGACCAAAUGGGCGUGCAUCUUCCUGCCUGACAACGGUGCUUUCUUUGUGAACUAUGUCAUCACGUCAGGGUUCAUCGGAACAUCACUCGAGCUCAUCCGCUUCCCAGAGCUCAUCUUGUACGCCUGGUGGCUGCUUCUGACCCGCACUGAGGCUGAGAAGCAUGCUGUCAGACAGGAGAUUGUGUAUGACUUCCAGUUCGGCACGCAGUAUGCCUGGAUGAUGUGCAUCUUCACCAUUACAACUGUCUACAGCAUCACCUGUCCACUCAUCGUACCCUUUGGUUUGAUCUACAUGAUCCUGAAGCACCUGGUGGACAGGUACAACAUCUACUAUGCCUACAACCCCUCCCGCAUCAGCCCUGACAUCCACAACUCUGCCGUCAACUACGUCAUCGCAGCUGCCGUGCUGCUGCAGUGCUCACUGCUCUUCUUCUCCAUUAUCCGACUUGGUACCCUGGAUGCUCACACCAUUGUCACAGCUCUGGUCCUCGUGAUGACUCUUGCUCUCAUCAUUGCUAAAACCUGUUUUGGUGUCUUCAGUGGCCUGACGGCACACAAGUACCACCAAUUCACGGAUACUGAUGACGAGGCAGGCAGUACUGGCAGCUCCCCCACUGCUCCAUUCGUGUCUGCCCUACUUAUGGAUCCUGCCUCCGUGUCGCCCACCACCCCGCCCAAGUCAGCCCCACCGAAGGAGAACAACCACAAAAGCUACGGCACCACGGAAGCUCCCGAGAAGGAGGAGCUGGACCUCCGUCUGGCAGAUGGGUCUUAAGUACAGCAGGAGGGUCUUAAGUACAGUAGACAGUCUUAUUGGAUAGAUAAGAUGGUAGGUUCUGUGACAUUGGUGAGCGAGGAAGGAUGGAAUCGGCAGGAGCCACUGAUUGUACAUAGUCAUUAUGACAUCUACUUGAAAGUUGUUAGUGCUUCAGAGUCUCUACAAUGGGCUAAUAUUGUACAUAAUAUAUCCCUAAUAUAUGUUCCAACAUGUUUUAGGCAUAAGGUGUUGAAGAAACUUGUUAUUGUAAUUGUUGCAUUUUAGCACAACUUCACUUGAAGUAUGAAACUUUUAUUUGUUAAUUAUGUUUCUGAGCUGGUUGCUUUUUGAUAAUGUGGUGUAAUUGGUGCACACUCCAAUUUAUCUGUGAUGGGUUCGUGUAGUGCUCGCUAAUAAUCUGCUGCAAAAUGACUUUAAAUACCAACAUGGCUGAAAAGUGAAGUAAGUGGUGUGUUUUGGUGAAAAUUGGUUUGGGGCUUGAACUUUACUUCCAGGUAUGCCUCUGCAUUGAUGAGCACUCUUGCGUGAGAGUACCUUUUGAUGCAUUCUUUAGUCUGCAUUUCAAUGCCUCAUGUGUAAUUCCACAUGUACAUUAGUUUUGGCCAGAAAAUGGUUGUAUCCCCUUAAAUUUACUAGACUUUGAAAGGUUGAAGAGAAUGAAACUCGGUUGUUCUUGUAGCUAGAGUGAUAUCCCGUCACCCCUUACACAAUUGUUUUGCAUCAGAAAUAUUUCCUGAAAAAGGCAGUCACUAGAUUUGCAGGUGUGCAGCCUUCAAUUGAGAUUCAAAAUAAACUGGGGUGUGUCCCUUUAAUUGAUGAUGUUGUUAGAAUGAUGAUGUUUGUUUUUACGACUGAGCUCAUUUUAGUCAGAAUCAAUAAGAAUUGUUUACUAAAGCUUUCUUUUGCUUUGUUCUUCUUUUGAUAUAUGAAUGGCAUCCUGCCAUCUGGCAUUUAAGAACUGCUGCCCUGACAUUGAAUCCAGUCGUAAUUUAACUGAAACUGCUGUGAACAUAUUGUGUUGUUAUGGUUAAGGGGUUCCCAACAGUAUGCAGCAAUAUACAAGUCUCUUCCCAAGUGCCCUUUAUAUUUUCGUAUAGAGGCAGUUUACAAGUUUACAUGUGUGUGCUCAAUCCCUUGUUGUUUUGUUGUGACUAGUAAGUUGGGUAUGUGUAAAAUCAGUGUGCAUGGGAACACUGUUUGACUGGCCCUUUAUUAGCCCUGGUCACAAAUGUUGUGCGAUCAUCGUACAAUGGCAAACUGAGGGCAUUCUUGGGGCAGUCAUGCAAGUGUCCUGUGAAAUUCAGAUGUCUUGUUACUUUUUGGUGGCUGGUACUGUCACAGCCUGCCUGAAAAUUCUACAGCAUUAAACAUUAAGCUCUUCCUACAAUGAAUGUGACCAUGCCAUUAGUAACCAUGUAUAUAUGUAUGUCUGCACUAUAGUAAUUACUCAAGACUGUAUGUACACUAGAGAUAUAGAAAUAGUAGGAUGAUCAUCUAUAUAUGUAGCCCUACCAUGAACUAACUAUGUAACCUGGGAUGCCAGCCUUUCCAUAUAUUACUGCUGCAUCGGGGCAUCUGUAGCAUAAGUUAGUUGUGAGUAACCUGUAAAACAACAUAGUAAGCAGUGUGAAGCCUGUAUUAUGUAACAUAACCUAGUAAGCAAUGUGAAGCCUGUAGUGUGUAACUUAACCUAGUAAGCAAUGUGUAGCCUGUAGUGUGUAACAUGCUAGUAAGUAGUGUGAAAGCUGUACUGUAUAACAUAAACUAGUAAGCAGUGUGAAGCCUGUAGUGUGUAACAUAAUCUAGUAAGCAGUGUGUGGCCUGUAGUAUGUAACAUCACAUAGUAAGCAGUAUGAAGCCUGUAGUGUAACCUACUGUAGCAAGCAGUGUGAAUCCUAUUGGAUGUUAUCUGCACCGCACAAUCAUACAUUAAUGCAGUGUAUCCGGGUUGCUCGGACAUUGUAUUGGGAACUUCAGACUUUAGGUAAGGUUGAAUGAUGAUAUGAUCUUAUGUACAUACUAGUCUUCUCCUAAGGAGUUUAGGUCAAGCAGAAAGCAGUCAACCUCUCUAAGAGAGACACUUUUUCUCAACAGUGUAAAACAAAACAGGAGUAUUGACUCUGACCAAAUUACAGUUGCUCUAAACAAGUUGACAUUGUAAUUUAGAGAUGACACUGUACAUGUAUGCACCUUGAACCAAACAGUAUCUCCCUAGUAAGGACUCAGUCUCCAUGUUUACUGUGAGGGUAUACAUCCAGCUAUCAUAUCUGAAUAUCAUUACUGAAAUCAGGAAAUAGACUGUAAAUAGAAGCCUUUCUGCCUGGUGAGGCAUACCCGCAUACACAUCAUUUUUCAACACUACACAUGUACCUGCUAGUUUCCAUUACAAUAGUUUUGAUGGUAACAAAGGGCUUUUCUUUCACCUUUCCAAACAUCCCCAUGUUUAAUUACUCCUUUAUUAUAGUCAUUUGUACUCCUUUCUUAUAUUCCCCUUUAUGUGUACAACUGUGUAUCUCUGAUUGUUCUACUCGGGUCAUACAAGUUUAAGAUCUUGUUAAAGGACUCUCCUGCUCCUUGUUCUUGUGAGCCCACCUUGAUUUGAACAGAAGUUAGACCAUACCAUACCAUGCAUGUCAAUGUCCUUUUAGGCAACACAAAUUGAGUUUUAUUGUACAUGAUAAACACUACAAACUGUGAUGCAAUUAUAAGACUAGUAACAUGAUCUAAAUCCAGAUUACAGCAUUGACUAGAGCUCGGCUUCAAUUAAGUUGCUCACUUUCCCUUCUACAAAAGGUCCAUGAAACAAGAAAUGGAAUUUGUAUGGCCUUCUGUAAAACGAGGUUCCCAUUAGGCUUGUUGUUUGCAUUAGGAAAGAUUGUGUUACAUGUAUCUGGAUCAUCAGUUGUGCCUGGUGUCUACAGUUUCAGUAUGCCAGGGGAAAAGACAAGUGCAAUGGAGUAGGGUAAGAAAUAAGGAUGUUAUAUAUACGAUUUUGAUGUAUAAAUGCAGUAAUACAUUUAUUCUUGUGUAUUAAUAAAUCAUGUCAAA